UCGCAACAUGUUCCAGCACGAAGAAGCAGUAUUGUUCACGUCGUCCCCGAAGAUCGUCAUUUCCCCACGACUCGCCGAUAGUCGCAUUAUUAUUAUAAUUGAGUCGCGCAGUCAGUCAGUUGAGUUAGUCGUUCGCAGUCUUUCUGGCAAUCACCAGGCUGAGGUUCCUUGAACCCGUAUAAGGUAAUAGGCGAGAGAUUAACCGUUAAGCGUCUCUCUCUCCCUCUCCCUCUCUCCCUCUCUGCUCCUGCGCUUCCCAAUGAAAACAAACAAAGACCAGUAGUGCGAGCGCGCUCCGAAAUCUAUAUGUGCUCAGGACGUCGCGCAGUUAACGACUUUCGACCUCGCGAUUGCGCCCAGUGAAUUUUAAUUGGAUAUCGAACAUGACUCUGAAUCUAAUAAAGAUCGCGUUUAUAUUUAGCGCGUGCACUACUGGCUUUCUCGGCCUGCUGAUUAACUUUUUCGAGAAGUACCUGCCAGCCUCGUUAUCUAAGAUCUUCAGGUACGGCAAGUUUGCUGCCGACAUCAAGGAUGCUGUACUUGAUAAGUGCGAGGUGCCCAAAAGAUGGUUCAAGCACUACUAUGCGUUUGCUGGGCCGUUUUCUACCAUAGCAAUAGUCAUGGUUUUCUACAGAUACUUUUUUGGCGGGAAACAUGCCGAUGCCGUGCAGUUGGGACUUAGUUUCUUGUUGGGAAAACCAAUUAGGUCCCUAGUUCCUGAUGAGAAUGUCAUCCUAGCCAUGACCAUUUUCACAAUUCACUGCUGGAAGAGGUUCUAUGAGUCUCAUUUUGUUAGCGUCUAUAGUGAUCAAUAUAUGAAUGUUAGCUUGUAUCUACUUGGCUUUUUUCACUAUUUUGGAUCAGUAAUUAGCAUAGUUGGAGAGUCACAAAAUUUUCUCAAAGGUACAGAAAUUGAUUUAAAUUGGUCAAGAUUGAGCAUGUUAGACUGGGCAUGUGCUCUCAUAUUCCUUGUAUCAACAUACCUACAGUAUAGAUCAAAUAUCAUUCUGUCUAACUUGAGGAAAGAUAAGAAAGGAGUUGUUGUUACCAAAAAACAUAAAGUACCACAUGGAGGAUUAUUCAAUUAUGUCACUGCACCCCUACAAUUGACAGAAAUCAUCUUGUAUUUAUGUUUGUCUGCCAUCUUGAGAAGUGCUUCUACAUUUCACUUUGUCACACUGUGGGUAUUAAUCAAUCAAAUGGAAUGUGCAUAUUUAUCUCACGAAUGGUCACUCAGAAAAUUUGAAAAUUAUCCAAAAUCUCGAAAAAUAAUAAUACCUUAUGUAUUUUAGUUUUACAAAAACAUUUUUAAUUUUAUAAAAUACUAUAUUUUUUUAUUAAAAAAAUGCUAAAUAAAUGUUUUGAUAAAGUUAAA